AUGGCCAGCCACUCUUGGAUCCCGAUCCUCAGCCUGCUGCUGGCGCUCCUCGGCCUUGUCGGCGCCGACGUCACCAGCCCCGGCGCCCACGGCUUCAUCGGCUACGGCAUCACGCUCUACGACCCGUACUGCGCCUUUGCCUGCUUCUUCAACCUCUACGUGCCGCUCAACUGCACCACGGCCGACAUGGCCAUCGUCCCGCAGUACCUGCGCCGCCGCGACGAGGAGGCGGCGGCGCCCGUCUACCCCAGCGGCGACGGCUGGGCCGUGACGGCCUCGGCUACGCCCACGUGCAUGUCGCGCAACGAGUUUUACCUGCAGACGUUGGCGUACUGCAUCAAGUCGUACUGCACGGCGCUGCCCGUCAGCGGCGCCGAGAAGUUCUGGGAGGAGAACCUCGUCCGGCUGCCGGACGGGAGCGGGCCCAAGUCUUACACCGAGGUCGUGGUGGGCAUCACGAAGCCGCCGACGGUGCCGCUCAACGCGACCGAGGUGCUCAACUUCACGGCGCUCAUCACCGAGGAGCAGUGGAAGCUGCACUACACGGACAUUUACCACGGAGCGCGCAACGAGAUCAAGCACUCGCUGUACAGCCUCAUCAUCCUGGUCACGGGUGCCGGCAUCCCGAUUGCGAUUGCGCUGCUGCGCUUCCUCCCGUGGCCGGCAUCGUGGAUCACCAAGGUGAAGGCGUACCUCAUCCACCCGCCCCUGGUCGGCUCCAAGCACUCGGCGCCCAUCUGGGGCUUGGGCAUUAUGCCCACGCGUGGCCAGGCACUCUUCAUCUUCUACCUCUGGGCGGUCAACAUCAUUCUCUCGAGUGUUGGUUAUGAGAAUGAGCUAGGCACCUGGUACGAGACCACAAAGGCCGAGACGAUGAGAAAUGUGGCCAACCGCAUGGGUGUCUUGUGCUAUGCGAAUGUGCCUCUGGUGAUUCUGUACUCCGGCCGCAACAACUUCUUGCUUUGGCUCACCAACUGGUCGCAUUCCACAUUCCUGCUCCUUCACCGGUGGGUGGCCGUUAUUUGCAUGAUGCACGCCGUCCUGCACAGCUUGGCGUACCUCGAGAUUGCCCUGCACACUGAAGGAUGGGCCGAGGAAUUCACCGAGCCGUACUGGUACUGGGGAUCCGCAGGCACGAUUGGAUUUGUGAUUCUCUGCGUCAAGUCAAUCCAGCCGGUUCGCCAACGGAUCUACGAGAUAUUCCUGUCUGCGCACAUUGUCAUCACGGUGCUGGUCAUUGUCUGCUCGUACAAGCAUGUCAACGUCAAGUACACAGACGCGUGGGGAUACCAGAACUGGGUUUGGAUGGCCUGUGCCAUCUGGGGCUUUGAUCGUCUGGUGCGCCUCGGACGCUCGAUGCGCGCUGGGUUCAAGAGGGCCUAUUUCACGCCCAUUGACGAGGACUACUACCGACUGGAUAUUCCUCGUGUCUCCGCCGACGGUCAUGUGUACCUUCACUUUCCCACCAUCAGCACUUGGCGCUUCUGGGAGAACCACCCGUUUUCGGUUGCUGGUGUGACGUUCCAGCAAGAGACGUCUAUCAUGGCCAGCUCCGAGGUGAGCGACGAAAAGAAAAAGGGAAUUGCCAGUACCACGGUGGUCGGAAGCAGCUCGGGAAGCAGCUCGGACAAUGAAUCCGUCAUGAUACGCAAGGAGUCUGGCAUUGCCGUGUUCAUCCGGUCCCAGAGCGGCCUGACAGCUCUGCUCGCAAAGAAAGGGCCCUGCCCCAAGGGCAUUCCUGUGUUUGUGGAAGGCCCAUAUAACCACAAGGUGAAAUUUCUGCAGGAGGACCACCCCGAGCCGACCCACGAGUUCCCCAACCUGCUGUGCAUUGCGGGCGGCGUCGGCGUCACCGGCGUGCUCCCGGCUCUUGAUAAGUUCAACACCGCAGGGAAGCCGCUGGGGACCAAGAAGCUGUUCUGGGGCGCACGGACGUGGCCCUUGGUCCGCGAGGUGGAGAGGAUGCAGCUCUGCGGCCCAGCCAGCCAGAGCACGUCGACGCAGCGCCGCUGGGGUGAGGUGGACGUCACGCUCGCCCAAAAGGGCGGUACGGUCAUUGUCGUCUGCGGCCCGGCGGGCAUGGUGGAUGACGUUCGCUGCAUUGUAUCGGCGCUCGGCAGACACAACGAGAAUGAGAAAGCGGUUGUGGUGAAGCUGAUGAUUGAGAGCUUCACUUGGUAG